UAAUACGCGUACAAUACCAGGACAGUAAUAAUUUUUUUAUUGUAAUUGUAGCAUUGUUUUUGCAGAAAUCUUGUUUCUCAUAUCAAUUUUAAUAUUAUGGUUUCGAACUUUUGAGCGUAAGUACAGAUGCGGUACUACCUUAGUUGCUUGGAAUUUUCGUUUGUACCACUUUUUUUAUAGUUUAGCGCUAUUGAAACAAAAAGGUAGUAAGUUUUUUGAGUUUGUUGUUUGCAUUCUUAUUCUUGUUCAAGUUGCCGUUUUGGAAAAUUCGCCCAGCGUCAUUGUAUUCUUUAUUGUCAUCGCUGCAGAUCCGUUUGCAUUAAUUUAUUAACACAGAAUCCAGAGUUCUUGUUGUGUAAUUUGGAAUUUAUCGAGAAGGUAGUUGCGAGUGUCCAUAAGCAGCGGCAAAACAACUGGCGAGUGUGUUGUACAACAGCAAUAUCAAUGCAUUCAUGCAGACACGGUAUCCAGCCAAUCUGGAGAGUUGCGAGGCCCGGUCUGACACAAAAAAAAAUGAUGCACGGUGCUGCCAAUCCGCAAGAAUUGGAAAUCGCUCUUCCAUGGGGAACGAUCGCCGCUCAGGAAUGGAAGAGCACUGAAUGGAACAAACAGGUGCUAAUGCUGCAUGGCUGGCAGGACAACAGUAAUUCCUUCAAGCGAUUGAUUCCGUUGUUACCCAAAAACUGGUGGCUGAUUGCCAUUGAUUUCCCUGGUCAUGGACGUAGCAGUUCGCGACCAACAGGACUCCCCUACCAUGGACCGGACUAUCUUAUCGACCUGAAAGCCACCGUUAACAAAUUAGGAUGGAAGUCAUACAGCAUUAUCGGGCACAGUAUGGGCGCUGGAGUGGCGCAAGCAAUGGCUGCUUGUUUUCCGGAAGAAGUGACAGCUGUUGUAUCCAUCGAUAUGAUAAAACCAAUAUCUGCCAAAGCGGAGACUUCAUUGUCUACGCUGAGGAAAGGCAUCAUCGCCCAUGUUAAUUACGAUGUCUCGAAAGAUACGCGUACUUACACCCGAGAGGAAGCCGCUGAGAGGUGGUUUGAGGCAAUUGCCUACAGUUUAACCAGAGAAUCUGUUGAAAUCCUGAUGGAAAGGGGCCUGAAAGAAAUUUCUCCUGGUCGGUUUACAUAUUCCAGGGAUCGACGGUUGCAGUUCCCCUCCUUGUUUCGAUAUACAACUGAACAACACUUGGACAUUCUUAAGGAUCUCAAAAGUGAUUUGCUUAUAAUUAAGGCAAUGGAUACGCCACAAUUUGAAAAGCAAGAAAUUGAAGAUCAGUUUUUGCAUUUAUAUUCCAAAACGUGCCGCCGGUUUAUGUUCAUGAAAGCCGAAGGAACACAUCAUCUUCACUUGAAUACCCCGGAAAACGUUGCUUCGACCAUAACUGAUUUCCUCAGUCACGAUUCCCACGCUAUCGUCAAGGACGAUGCAGCAGAAAAUGCUGCUGUCGUUAAGGAAGCAGCGGUUCCUGUGAGCAAUGACCGAACUCUCGCAUGCUGCUGCUUUGCAGAAAUGCGGCGACUUAUUUGCGGCGCGCGAGGCAGCUUUCUUUAUCAUCGAUUCUCUUCGACCCCCACGCCAUCACGAGUUUCGGAUGAGCAGCGAUCUGUUGUCGCCAAUUAUUUGGACAAUCUCCCCAAACAACUCGAACAUUUACAGAAAACUCUGUAUCCUACAAAUUCUGUGGAAGAAACCCUUAGCGUCGGUGCAGUAACGGAAAACCUGAAAGCGCGAUAUCACAGAAUACAAAAGGCAAUGCCGGCCAUCGAGAAGAGAAUGAAAAAGAUGUCCGAUGCCCAAGAAUUAGAGAGUUUGGCAGCAGAUCUUACAAGAACUAGCGACGCUGAAAUGGCGAAACUGGCCGACGAAGAUUUACGAAAAUGUAUGCAGGAUGUGCAGAAACUGGAAAAGGAGAUUCUGGACAUUCUGGUGCCGGAAGAUGCGGGGGAUGCGGGCGACAUUAUCAUGGAAGUUAGUGCGGGAGUUGGCGGACAAGAAGCGAUGCUAUUUGCUAGUGAAAUGUACCGAAUGUAUGAGAGAUAUUCUUUGUUCCGCGGAUGGAUUUUUGAAGAGCUGCAAAAUGAUGAAAGCGAAAUAGGAGGAAUUCGCUUUGCAAGCGCAUCGGUGAGUGGUCGCGAAGCCUACAAGCAUCUGAAAUUUGAAGGCGGUGUCCACAGAGUUCAGCGCACACCAAAAACGGAAAAAUUUGGCCGAGUACAUACAAGCACGAUUACCGUUGCCAUCCUCUCCAAACCGAAAGACGUGGAUGUUGUCCUGAGAAAAGGUGAUCUGAAAAUCGAAACUUGUCGGUCAUCCGGAAAAGGUGGACAACACGUUAAUAAAACGGACAGUGCAGUGAGAAUUGUCCAUCUUCCUACUAACACCGCAGUAGAAUGCCAGGAACAGAGGUCACAGGCUGAUAACAGGAAACGGGCAAUGGAGAAGCUGGCUGCUAUACUCAAUCAGAAACAGUUAGAUGACCAGAUGGACAAGGAGACGUCAAGCAGAAAACUACAAGUCAGGAGUUGUGAUCGAUCGGAAAAGAUCCGAACCUACAACUUUGCACAAAACCGCUUAACGGAUCACCGAAUUGGAAUUACCCUGCAUAACCUAGAAGAAGUUCUGCAGGGAAAGGAAGGAUUUCAUGAGCUCAUACAGAAAACCCUUGCAGAGUAUAGACGCGAAUCCAUAGAACAUUUAGUGAAUGCUGCGCUGACAUCCGGUGUUGCAUCUAGUCAAAAAACCCGCGCUGAUGUCAAAAGUUAAAGUUUUUUUUCCGUGAAGAACUUGAUUACGUUUCUUGUAUCGAACUGAUGCCAAUCAACAGAAAAAUCGAGAAAUUAAAUAAAGUUGUG